GUUCAAGGACUUUAAGAAACUCAACAUCAUAACUAAAACCACCCUAGAGUAGGCGGGCUUCUUAUCAAGCCCAUUCUGGCGUGUUUGGCGCGUUACUUAACUCCAGGAUUUAGGUUUGUCUAGUGGUGUAGUGGGAGUGCAGACGGGACCAAUGCUCCAGCGAAUGACGUACUUCCCAGCAGGCCAACAUAGGGUCUGCUAGGUCCCUAUCCGUACAGCCAAUCCGUCCGUGUCAUCGGCGCCACCCCAGCACGAACGGCAGGCAACCACGGCCAAAGCAAACUAACCUCCCUAGCAUGUCGGCCACGUUAUAACCAACCGCGCUGGUCACUCCCGUCUGGCUGCACCGCUGCAGUCAUCGCCAUUUCCCGUAUCUACUCAGCGUCAUGGGUCCUCGGAAGCGGGCAAGACGCAAUCCCGCCGAGGGAAGCUCAACAUCGACAUCCACAUCGACAACAGCGAUGCCGUCGCAACCAUCAUCCGCGUCGUCGUCAUCCACUCCGGCAUCGCAAUCGCAGCCGCCAGAGCUCCCUCGCGCUGCGACUGGUGCUACAGAUCCGGCAGUGCCAUCUGCUGGUCAGGAGAUACAGCACGAGUCCCAGCAACAGCAUGGGAAGGAGAAUGGCACCCCAAUACCAUCGCCUGGCAAGGCUCCGAAGCAGGUGCACAAAACUAGUAGUUGGUAUGGCUCGUGGCCGCGACCCCCCAAAUCCUCGGCUUCUACUCAGGUAGCUCGCGAGACAAUCCUAGGCGGUACUCUGCAGCCAAAGGCCACUGCCGACUUCAGCCGCUUUGAUACCAAGAAGAGCGCCGACAGCAUGAGUUUCGAUGGUGUGGCUCCGUCUACGUCCUCACUACUAAAAAUUCACGAGGAUGAAGCAGCCACAAACGAGCAGGUCCCCAAUCCCGCGCCUGAGUUUGAUGAGAAUGCGACAGCGAAGCCUGGUGACGCCCAUAUUAAGCGGGUGGACGAUGAGACAAUUCCAGAUGCCGCCCCAUUUGCGAAGCCGCAAGAUACUGGCUCGCAGGCUACCGACGAACCGGUACCGAAACCGCCGACUACGUCUAGCUGGCGGGGAUGGUUUGGAAACAAAACAGUCACUCAGGAGCCCUCUAUCUCAGAGCCGGCUCCCCCAAAUCCUCCUGCCCAAGAGCCGGCUCCUGGUCAAGAGCUUUCUGCCCCGAGGCCCGUUGCAUCAGAGCCGGUCGAGCCCGUCGCCUCGGAAACCAAGCCAACCGACCCUGUUCAAAAUGCGCAGUCAGAGCAGCAGGUUUCAGAAACUCACGGGGCUCUCAACCAGACGAGACCUAGUUCAUGGUUCGGGUUCUGGGCAACGGGUGUCGCAAACCCUGCUCCGACAGCCAAUGCACCAGGACCAACUUCCGACGCGGUGGAGACGAGCGAGCCACCGAAGGAACCCGAAGAUGUUGUGAUGGAAGAUGCUCCUCCGAUAGUCGCAGAUGCGAUGCCAGCACCACCGCCCAAAGCAGGGUCGACGUGGGCGUUUUGGUCCCGCGAUACGAGCUCAAAGUCUGGCAAGAUGCCUGCCGUCCGUGAGGAGCCGGGUCAGCUUGCUGUCAUUGGGGAUAGUUCCGAGUCGCACCCCAAAAGGACAAACUCGAUAGAGGUCAAGGACACCCAGACCAAGGACACUCCAGUCAAGGAGGCGCCCCUGAAGUCGACGGCACGGGACGAUCAGACAAAGGUCGUUGCGUCUCCAGCCAAGGGGACGUCGUCAAAGAAAAGCAAACGCGUCCGUCCGCAGUCAAUGGAUAUUGAUGACCUCCCCCCUAUCCGUCCCAGCACUCCGAAAUCGGAUCCGGCUGCGAAGGCCGGGCCUUCCAAAACGCCAACAUUGGCGAAAGCCUUGCCGCCGAAUCUCGUCCUCCCUUCCUUUAAUAAUACAUACCGUCUCAAAGAAAAUCCUUCCAUUGUGCAGCAGAUUGCACAGCUCUUACUCCGGACACAGCAGCCACCAGCAAACCACGUUUUCUUGGCGAGGGAACGGCCCAAGAUCAAGAAUGCCAUUGCAAUCGGCGUCCAUGGCCUCUUCCCGGCCACCUAUCUGCGCCCAAUGAUUGGCCAGCCGACUGGUACAUCUAUAAAGUUCGCGAACCACUGCGCCGAGGCCAUCCGCAGAUGGGCCGAUGCGAAUGGCUGCGAGGACUGCGAGAUUGAAAAGGUUGCCCUUGAAGGGGAGGGCAAGAUUAGCGAUCGUGUCGAGAACUUGUGGAGAUUGCUGUUGAAUUGGAUUGACCACAUCCGCAAUGCCGACCUCAUCAUUGUUGGUUGCCACUCCCAAGGCGUCCCCGUUGGCAUCAUGCUGCUUGCAAAACUCAUUGAGCUUGGCAUCAUCACAACGGCCAAGAUCGGUAUAUGUGCCAUGGCCGGAGUCUCUCUAGGCCCCUUUCCGGACUACCGAUCGAGCAUGGGAAUUCUCAUGGGGACGGCCGCAGAAUUAUGGGAGUUUGCGGAUCCUGAGAGCGAGGUGUCCAGGAGGCUCGAAUACUCUGUUAAGGCGGUGCUGCGCUACGGAACACGCGUCACCUAUGUUGGUAGCAUCGAUGACCAACUCGUCCCCUUGGAGUCCGCCAUCUAUGCUCCGGCCCACCAUCCGUACAUAUACCGAGCCGUCUUUAUAGAUGGCAGAAUCCACACACCCGACUUCAUUGCCCACCUUGUUGGCUUCGCGCUGAAACUGCGCAAUCUGGGCGUCACAGACCAUGGGCUCGUUCGAGAGCUGUCGCAGCCUCUUGCAGGGAGCUUGUAUUCUGGCGAGGGGCAUUCUAGGCUCUAUGACGAUGAGCAAGUCUACGAUCUGGCAGUGACACACGCCCUCGAGACGACCGACGUCGGCGACGUCCCGUGUGAAGUUAUCAAGCACCACAGCCCAUCGACCCCCAACCCGUAUCACCUGCCCUGGAUCAUGCGGGGCCUCCUCGAGGAGGACUUUGUCAAGACAGAGCUCUCCUCUGAGACAGCCGAGCUGCUCUGCCAGUUUGACGACUGGAAACCCACCACCAAGGCACUCAAAGACGUCAAGUAUAGACUAGAGGCGGUCCGGUCAAAGCUGUGAUGGGAUGUGAGUUUUCAUGUCCGCGGGCAUACAUAAAUCUUAGAUGGCAUUUAUAAAUGGGGUUCACCGGACUAUAUAACAAUGGUUCGGGCCGUUGGGUCGGGCCGAAGUGGAGCUGGCAUGGCUGGGAUGGAUAAGGUGGGAUGGAAUGGAACAGGCCGGGAUGGGAUCAUAUGGGGUUUAGGACGGACAGGAUGGUUUUAGGACAACAUAGCUUAGGUCCGCAGGCGAAGUUUUCGAUACCAGGUCGGUAACUGCAAUUUAUACGAGAUAUACAUAUGUACAAGCCUCUAGAAGGUCCAAUUGGUAUUUACAAGAG